GGAUUCUUUGAAUUUAACCGUUGGAACGAUGUGACGCUGUAAGUAGAUACUACCGGUAUCAGUUAUAUGGUUUCCGCCAGUGUCUAGAUUUCUUGGCUCCAUACAUAUGUGACUUAUCAUGUGAGCGGGGAACAAUCACCAACGGGUAGAGCCGCCGCUAUGAAGGACCGGCGAAUGCUUAUUGAACGGGGCUCAGCUAUAUUGACGUGUGUAGAAUUCGGGGUUUUAAACGGAAACCAACAGUCUUGAAAUUCAAUACACUGCCAGGCUUGAAUUGUACAUAAUUGUCUGCUCCCACGGCUGGACACGAUUACUGUGCUGGUAUGGUUAUUCGCUGGCUCACCCAUCUGAGCGGACUUUUUUUGAGCUGUCUCCUUGACUCCCCACAUAACAAACGCCAUGGUUGCCCUUGACAAUCUACGCAUCCUCAUUGUUGGGGCUGGGCCAAUUGGUCUCACUGCGGCAGCGGCACUGUCACAAGAUGGACACGACGUCAAAGUGCUUGAACGAUAUCCAAACCUACAAACAAAUGGCGGUACCAUCGUAGUCCAGUCUCCAGCAGCCAGAGCCUUGAAAGAAAUUGGACUCUGGGAGAAGCUGCAGAGCAUUAGCGUCCCAAACAAGUCGUUCAGCUUCUGGUCAUAUAAAGAUCCUAGUGGACCAAUGAUAACGUUCGGCAGGUCGUCUGGAUCAGACAUGGUUCAUACCGACCGGCCGGCGUUGCAACGGAUUGCCUAUGAGGCUGCUGUCGCUUCUGGAGUACAUGUGCUAUUUGGCAAACGAGUUGAACGCUUAGACGAGGAUGCGACACCUCUACGGGUCUGGACUGCCGACGAUCAAGAGUAUACGGCAGACAUAAUCAUAGGUGCAGAUGGUAUCAAAUCUGGAAUAAGGAAGCUCCUGUUCCCAUCUCAAAUUCUUGAUCCUGUCCUCACGACUGAGUGCAUUUUUCAGGCGCAGCUCAGUGAGGACGUAACUGCGUCCGAUCCUCGCAUUGCACCCUACAUGGACAUUGGAUCGGGCCACGGUACACUCGGACCGGGCCGCUUUACUUUUUUUAGGGCAACAGAUGACGGCAAAUUGUACUUGUUGUUUGUCGUUAUGAAUUACGGGACGACUCAGACAGACGGCGUAAGUGCCAGCUGGAACACCCCUGGAGAUAUUGAUGAGCUGCGGAGUAUAUUUUCCGAAUUUGGUGACCCACUUCACGCGUGCCUAGAGCAUGUUGAGAGCUGUAUAAGAUGGCCAAUUGCCGUUGCUCCUCCUCUGAAGACUUGGCGGGGUGUCAGCGGCAGAGUGCUACUGCUAGGCGACGCAGCGCAUGCAAUGGUGCCACAUGCUGCUAACGGCGUGAGCCAGGGAAUAGAAGGAGCUGUCGCCCUGGCUAGGCUCCUUAGACGGAGGAAUCAUGCCAAUGCGAACAUCCCGAAGUUACUUGAGCUAUUCGAGCAGUUCCGGCGGCCUAGAGUUGAGAAGUUUGCCACCAUGAGUCUUGGAAAUGCAGCAGCGAACAGCUUGACAGACGGGCCAGAGCAAGAAUCCCGCGAUGCGCGUUACAGAGCCAUGAACAACAGCAGCGAACCAAAACCCGUCGCAGCUCAGGAGCCGGUGACUAUGGAUAUAAACGCGCCACAGCACAGCCCGGCCUUCCAAAAAUGGAUGAACGAAUACGAUGUAGUUCAUGAGCUCGAUCGCUUCGUGGAUGAAAAAUUAGUAUAAGUCUUAACACCAUAAUGGGACUUGAUUUACCCUGAAAGACUGUCGGUACGUUGAGAUAUAUCGAGAUGAUUGCUUCACAGGUCUUACGAUAAAGAAAGGGCUCAACGCAUUGCCAAAGAUAAUUUUCACUUCAACAAGGCAUCAAUGGGGAGAGUUCGUACACAUUAUGUGCAUGUUCAUAGACGGCGUAUUUGUG